GAUAAAUUGUAUUAUUCUAACACCCGCGGUCGUGGCAAGCCGCCCCUUAGAUGAAGAGAUGACAUCUGCCAACUAGCUGGCGAGAACUGGAUGCGGAUGGCAACGGACCGACAAGCGUGGAGGAAUGGAGAGGAGGCCUAUGUCCGAACACGGGCGCUUUAAAGGCUGCUAUAGAUAGACAUUAUUCUAGUAGUGUUGUAAAUUAACUAAGGAUAUUUUGGUAAGUCUCUUGAAGAUUUUAUAUUUUACGGAUUAAUUGCUCAUAAGCAUACAGAACAAUUGAAACGGAAGCAUAAUUUAAUUUGUGUACAUUGUAGACAACUUACGCCCCGCCAGGCACAAUGAAUAUGGAAGAUGGAGAGGUCAAAGGCUUCGAAUUCAAUGACAAGAGCAUCCGCAGAGGAUUUAUACGAAAGGUGUACGCAAUUUUGAUGUGCCAGUUACUGGUGACCUUUGGUGCCAUCUGCCUGUUUGUCUAUCACAUGCCUACGAAGAGAUGGUUCCUGGCUAACUCCUACAUGAUAUGGGUGGCGUUCGCAGUAACAUUGGUCACAAUGAUUGCGAUGGCGUGCUGCGAAAGUGUGCGGCGCACGACGCCCAUGAACUUCAUCUUCUUGGCUAUCUUCACUCUGGCUGAGAGCUUCCUGCUGGGGGCUGUCAGCGCUACGAAUGCUCCUGAGGCGGUGAUGAUGGCCGUCGGUAUAACAGCAGCAGUAAGCUUGGCUCUUACUCUGUUCGCUUUCCAGACUAAGUGGGACUUCACCAUGAUGGGAGGAUUCCUCGUCUGUGCCACAGUUGCCUUGCUUAUUCUUGGAAUUUGCGCCAUAUUCAUCCGAAGCAACAUCCUCCAGCUCGUCUACGGCUGCAUCGGAGCCCUCAUCUUCUGCAUGUACCUCGUCUACGACACGCAGCUCAUGAUGGGCGGCAAACACAAAUACAGCAUCAGCCCUGAGGAGUACAUCUUCGCUGCGCUCAACUUGUACCUCGAUAUUGUUAACAUCUUCCUGUAUAUUUUGAUGAUUAUUAGUGCGGCUUCGAAGUAGGGCUUCGUAACUAUUUACUUAACUAUCUGUCGGCCUAGCUGAAGUGACAAUCGUUGAUGCUAGUGAUGAUCGAAACCACAGUAUAAAACCAGUAAGAAUUCUUCUAACAAAUUUUGCGCCGCGCGGUUUGACCUUGAGUAGUGCUCGCACGCAGCGAGGUGCAGAGAGCAUAUGUUGAAACGAACGAUCGCGGUCGCGCCACUACGCGCCGCGUUGUGUGGCGUGCGCUGUAGCCAAAUACCGAUCGCGGGAGAUUCACUACUAGGUCGUCCUUAUACUGUGUCGAAACGCAACUGGCAAUACGGAAGAGCGAUAGACAGAGCGAAGCGUAACCAGUUGUAUAACGAAUCUGUUUGUCUCUCUAUUACUCUUAUAUAUUAGUGCGACAGUGAUACUUGCGUUUCGUUCUCCAUAAUAAUGGACUGUAGUUGGGUAGUUUAGGGCGCAGUCACAUCUAUCAGAAUCGAGCCGCAUUUUGUGUACCUAUGAGAAAUCGCUUAGUAUGAACAUGUUUAAGCAUGCUUUCAGCUUUCCGAUGCGUGAACGUCUUCAUACUAACUAGUGAUUUCUCAUACAAAAAUCUGGCUCGAUGCUGAUAGAUUGACUUCACCCUUACAUAAUAUUGUCUUCGGUUACCGCGAUGGUUACUCAUGAAAUAAAACCAUGGAAACGGAUUAAAUCGCGUAUAAUGAAUUUUUUCCAUCCAUAGUUUCCAUAGUUUUAUUUCACCCUUACAGUUAGGUAUUAACUGAUCAUUUUGAAAUGUCAGUAUUUUAUAAUACUUUCCUCUCUUCUGUAUAGCUCACUGUGAAUUAUGUAAGUGUGAGAGUCAGAUUAUUGCAUUCAAUUAUGAAACUACAAUAUUUGUAAAUAAAUAUAAGAAUAAAAUAACAAUUAAACAUA